UAGAUUUAGGAGCUGUAAACACUUUUUUCACAGGGCCUUUUUUAUCCUCCCUGAAUAAUAAAAACCUUCAUUCUAAAACUGUUAUGUUUACUUGUCUUGGACUACUAUAUACAUUUGUUUUGAUGAUUGGAAACAUUUAGGUGUGACAAACAUGCUAAGGAAUGAAUUAGGAAGGGGACAAACACAUGCACACUAUACAAAGGACACUUUAUGUUCAGAGGUAUUUUUAUGUACACACAGUAAUUACAAUUUAGUUAAUUUUUCUUUGUUAUUUCCUUUUAUAUACAAAUAGUUCCAGAGAUGGCAGUAAAAAAGGAGAGAAUUCCAGACACUGAUACACAGCAUUGUUUCCCCCCCAUGCAAAAUGCUUUGAUCUGGUUGGGGGGUGCUUGGAUGAAAAUAACAUUUCACAGGUGGUACAUGACCGAACAAGACAGAGCCACUGAGUUAGUAAAUCAGUGUAUGAAGUAAAAUUAGAUAUGAGACUACACAAAAGCAAAGCAAGUAAAUUGUAUUAUCUAGUGAAUUCGGCUCAGGAAAAACUUGCUUUUUUACCUCGAAUGGUUGACUAUGAUGGCCUGGGCAUUAUUCUGGAUAUGGUAGUAGGAAGGUGGGGUAUGGAUUCUUUUUCACCGACCACACCCAAGCUUGAUUGUGUUCAGACCUGUUCAAGAUUUUUUUUAAAUUAAACUCUGACAAAUUGAUGUAUAUUCACGUAUCUUUUCCUCUCCCCACUCGCGUAAAUUGCGCUACCGAUAUAAAUUCCACCCAGAAACACACACCCGCCGUACUUUUGCAUCGUGUGUCGCCUGAGUCAACUCUGGAACAGGCUGCACUACGCAUGAUGACGCGGUGAGCUGACAUGUGAUAGUGAAACGUACACGCGCGGGCGCGCAUGCUAUUCAUCGUCCACCACAGCAGCCAGAUGCAGAGGUCGGUGGCUCCGCGUGGCUUUGGAAAGCAUUGCGGUACACUAAAGCGAAGAAGAUGGGGCGGUUUGAGACGUCAGUGGGAGCUUUUGGGCUUAUUUGAGAUUGAUCAGCACCACGAGUUCUACAGCCUCACUUGCAUGAUGAAGGAGGGAUUGUUUUCAUCAAUCCUAACCACCAUUGACCAUGCAUCUACAAAUCAACUGUUAGAAGAUGAUUUCAGAGCAGAGGACACUCAGAUUCAUAAGGGUUUUAAGUUGGAGACAUUUGCUGGCCCAGUGUUUGCCAAUCUACGGCGAUCUUUAGGUGUGACAGAACAGGAGUAUCAGCAGUCCCUCUGCUCCGACAAGUGCUACCUUCAGUUCAUCAGCAACUCUAAAAGCAAGGCUGACUUCUUCCUCACGAAUGAUAAACGCUUCUUUUUGAAGACUCAGAAUGAACGGGAAAUACGAUUCCUUCUGGACAACCUGAAGAACUACAUGGCACAUUUGCAGAAAUACCCCCAUUCUCUUUUGGUGAAGUUGCUAGGUGUUCACAGAAUCAAAAUUUCAUUUUGGCAAAAGAAGUACUUCAUCGUUAUGCACAGUGUGUUUUAUCCAGAUGAACGAAUAAAUGCCAGGUACGAUAUAAAAGGUUGUGAAGUGAGUCGCUGGACAGAUCCGUCACCAGAUGGAUGCCAGAUUAUUGUGGUCCUCAAAGACCUCAACUUUGAAGGACAGUACAUCACUCUUGACGAACAGCGUUCCUGGCUCCUGCGGCAAAUGGAGAUAGACACAGACUUUCUCCGAAGCCUCAACGUAUUGGAUUACAGUCUUCUGCUUGCCCAUCAGCCUUUGCAACAAGACGAACGUCACCGUGCUCUCUCUUUCGCUUCAUUAAUCAUGAGAACUAAGCGAUCCGUGAAUCCAAGCACCAGCCCCAUCUAUAGUAUCCCUUCUGUUACCGGGGCAGUCCCAGAGGAUGACGCCACUUUCAUUUCAUCACAAAUUGACAGUGACUAUUUGAAGCAGGCAAGAGACGGCCAAAGUGGAGAAACACAUCACAUUGCUGGCAAUGAAACAGAAGAGCUGCCAGACUUUGAAGUCCAAAACAGACGUUUACUGCUCAAUUUAAAGAAUGCUCUGCAUGUCAUUGAUGGACCUGAUCAACGCUACUUCAUUGGCAUCAUUGAUAUUUUUACAGUUUACAGUUUAAAGAAAAGAUUGGAAUAUUGGUGGAAGAGACUGAGGCAUCCCGGACGGACAUUCUCCACAGUAAGUCCGCAGAUGUACUGCACUCGGCUGUGUCAGUGGGUGCUGGAGCAUAGCAAAUAGAUAUAUACUAAUUUGUGAAGAGUUAAAGCAACUUACUGUCUCACAGUUCUGAGACUGAGGGGUUGAAUCUCACCUUCUGCUUCCCAUACGAAGUCUAUGUUCUCCACACGCUUGAGUUUUCUCCAUUGUUCUCUAGUUUCCUCACAUAUUGAAAUUAAAUUAAAUGAAUUAUUAUAUUGCCAAAACAUGCAUCUAUAGGUUUAACUGAAUAUUCUAAAUUGGCCUUAAGUGUAUAUGUAUGUGAGUGUGAAUAAAAAGUAAAUAGAUUUGGACUAAAUGAUUUCAAAUAAAAUAUAAAAAGCUAAA